AUGCUCAACCCUGCCCCCUAUCAGCAUCUGAGAAAAUAUGAGGUCACAGAGGCAACCUUGCAGUAUGGUAUGGCUUGCACUUGCAAGUCAUACCACAUCUUUUGCUGCAACAAGGGGUGGCAGCUGGCGCUGCCUGAUGAUGCCAUUGGGGCUCUGGGGGACAUCUAUGUCAAGGAUGGGGCAGGGAAGGCACUGCAUGCCUUUGCCAAGGUGGAUGUAGGAGGGGAGGGAGGAGUUGAAGAGGAGUGGGUUCUCUGCCCAGAUCUCCACUCUGAGGUGCCUGGAUGCUGGUCUCUGGUGCAUCAUCCAGUGCACAAGAGUCUAGUCAUCCUGGAGAGGGAUGGAGUGGUGGGUUGGCUGGUCAUGGAGCAGGACCUCUCCUAUGAGAUUGAGGAGAGGAUGGAGCCACACUGGGUGUAUAUGCAAGUGCUGGAGAUUGUGGAAGAGCUGGAGGAGGAGCAGCACAAGCUGCAAGAGGAGAUUUGGAUAGAGGAGGGAGAGGAGCUUUGGGUAGAGGAGGGAGAGGUGGAGGCACAGGUGGGCCUGAGGUACCAGACAGAUACUGUUGCCUCUCUGCCAAUGGUACAGGCUCCAUUUUCAAAUGAGGCAGCCACUACAAAGAUGCUUGAGCUCUCAAGAGUGAGCAGAGAAGCAGAGAGCUUUGAUCCCACCUUUGGUGCAGAUGGACAAUCAAUGCUCAAUGAGCACUGGGAGAAGAUGGAGGGCUGGGAAGGGGGGGACAUGGGUAGCCCCUGUCAGGGCAACACAGGCUGA